AUGAGAGGGGAGACAUGGUUAGGAUGGGAUGCCACGAAAAAUAUGAUUAUGGCAGAUGAUGAUUGGUGGGAGCGAAAAAUUAAGAAUGAAAAAUAUAAGAAAUUUAGGAACAAAGAUCUUUUGCUUAUAUGGUUUCGCUACGAUGCGCUGUUUGCUGUUGUUGUUGCCACAGGAGAAAGAGCACGUGCAACAAAUCAAGAACAAUCGUCCGGCAUUGGACUUAAUCUUGAUGAAGAAGGAAUAAAUGUUAUUGAUAAUUGUGACAAAGAACACUUUACUUAUCCUAAUGAUGAAAUGAGCGAUGAAAGUAAUGAUCUACAGAAUAUAAAUUCUGUUAUAUUUUCAGAGUCAUCACUAAAAAGACAAAAAUCAACUGAUGGUGUUAGCACCAGUAGUCAAGAUUGUAUUGGAGCACUUGAUGAUACACAUGUUAAAGCAAGAUUUCCGCAAGGUCAAGAAAUAUCAUAUAUUGGACGUAAAGUUUAUCUGACUCAAAAUAUUCUUGGUGUCGUAGAUUUUAAUAUGUGUUUUACAUUUGUAUGGGCUGGGUGGGAAGGAGUAGCUCACGAUAGUCGUAUAUUUGGUGAGGCACUUCGUAGACCAGAACUCAACUUUUCACGUCCAAUUAGAAAUAAGUAUUAUCUAGUUGAUGUAGUAUAUCCACACAUGAAGGGAUAUAUGGCUCCAUACAAAGGAGAUAAUGUGAGAUAUCACCUAGCACAAUUCCGCCACGGUGCAACAAGACAAUUGCAAGAACCAAGGGGGCGAAUUGAAAAAUUUAACUAUUUGCAUUCUUCUUGUAAAAAUAUUGUAGAGAGCACAUUUGGGGUUUGGAAAACAAGAUGGUCUAUUUUACGAGACAUGCCUUUCUAUCACAUUGACACUCAAGGAGACAUUGUACUUGCUACUAUGGCCAUUCAUAACUAUAUUAGAAAGAAAUGCAAUAUGGAUGACGCAUUCCGAAUAGCUGAGAAUGAGAGAUAUAUUCCAUCUGUUGAUCCUGAUGUUGGUAUAUCUUUGAGAGAUAAUAACAAUAUAAAUGCGAAAAAUGUGGAAGACCAAAGUGAUCUUGUUUGGAUGGGUCUUCGCGAUUUGAUUGCUAAUGAAAUUUGUGAUACUUAUAGUUGUAUGAAUCUUUUAAAACACUAA